ACCUGCACUAGGAUAUCCUUACAUAUAUGACAGUAGCUCCGGCCUGGGAAUCGCAUCAGUUUAUUGGGUGCUCGUAGACAAGUUGGACGAGUGGCAAGUCGCAAAUCUAAAAGAAAACCUAAAAAAGACAAAAAUGAAAUUUCUGUUUAUCGUCGUGUUGGCCAGUGUCCUGAUUGUGGAUCGCCACUCAACCGAGGCUCAAAACAUCUUCUCCAAUUUCUUUAAUUUGUUCAGCAAUUUGGGCAAUUUCCAGCGCGUCAGUCGGCAGCAAACGUCGUCAUCCGCCGGCGACGUCGUUGUCACCGUCACCAAUGACGCCAUCAUCGAGACGUCGAUUGUCGAGACGACGCUGACGGAAACUAUGACCAUGAUCCUGACGGAAUGGUCCACUUCGACAGUCAAGGAGGUCCAGUCCGUUCCGGUGGCGCCCAUCACUUUCACCGAGUACCAAAUGGAGACGCAGAUCUGCACGACGACGGAAUUCAGCAUCGAGACCACCUCGGUAACGCUUCCGGCUUCCACAGUGACGACGACGGAGCUGCUGACGUCCAUCGUCACGGAGAUCCAGAUGGAAACGGUCCAGCUGGAGCCUUCCGUCACGACCGUAACGACGACGGAGGUAUCCAUCACAUCCAUGACGACGACAGAGUCUCCGGUGACCACGACGGAAGUCAUCCGCGAAACGGAAACCAUUUCACUUGAGCCAAUCACCGUGACGGCGAUGGAGACGACAGUCUCGACGGCCACCGUCACGGAAUCCAUGACGGAACUGGUGACAUCCAUCGAAACAGCCACCGUUACACUUCCGGAAGUGACUGUGAUGUCGACCAUGACGGAGGUGAUCACCACUUCGUCGAUGACCACUGAAACCCUGUCCAUCACGCUGCCCGUCGAGAUUUGCACGUCCACUGUCGAAACCAUCACGUUGCCCGUCGAAACGCUUUCCAUCACUCUUCCGGCGGAGGUCAGCACAGUUACCGAAACGGCCACUCUUACGACGACGGAAAUUUCCACACUAAUCACAACUGAAAUUUCCACUCAAAUGACGACUGAAAUUUCCACUCAAACGACGACUGAAAUUUCCACUCAAACGACGACUGAAAUUUCCACUCAAACGAUCACUGAAAUUUCCACGGAGAUCGUCCCUACGACGGUGACAGAGACAUCAGCUAAUACUCAGACAGAGACGGCCGUUCCGGAAGCGGCUCCAGCCAAACGUCGCCGAAGUGUCCAGCUGGAAGAUAAAAAAGCCAAUCUAAAAAUGGCUCCGUUAACUCCAUCAGCUGUCACUGCCGUUCCUUACAUCAUUAAACGAUCCAUCGACAUUGAAUCGUCGUUCAUGGAACAGCAGAGCAGACGCUCUCCGAUGAUCAAGAUGGCAUCGUAAAAAUUCUAAAAAGACGCAACA